AUGAGGAAGUUCCUGUGGGAUGGGGCUUCUGAGGCGAAAAAGAUACAUUGGAUCUCAUGGGAAAAGGUGGUGAUGUCGAUUAAAUCAGUCCGAGGGGUUUGGGCUUCCAUAGUCAAGACAAUUAACAAAGUUAAAGUUGCUGAUAUGAGUUUGAACCAUUGGUUAAAAGGGGUGCUUGGCAAUAGCAGUGACAUAAGGGUUUGGAUGGAUAUUUGGGCUUGUAACCAACCACUCAAAGAUGUAUUCCCCCGCCUGUUUCAACUGGAAGUCCAAAAAUAUUGCAAGGUCAGUGACAAAGUAGAUUCCAAUACUAAUACUCCUUUUCUUUUCGAUAUGGGAAUGGUAGUAUUAUCUGGUGUCGAGACUAGAGAGGAAAAAGAGAAGAUCAACAGACUACUAGAAGGGAAGAUGUUGCAUGCUCAAAGAGAUCGAUGGGUUUGGGCUGGAGCAAAGUUUAAUGUUUUUAUGGUUAAAGGUGUAAAAGAUUUUUUACGAAGUGAUAACGACUAUAGUAAUAAUUUUGUGUUUAAAUGGUCGAAGUGGGUCGCAAAAAAGUGUAAUGUUUUUAUGUGGAGACUUGGUCUAAAUCGGCUACCGACUAGAAUGGCACUAAAAGACAAAAAUUGUUGCUUUGAUUCGUUGAUGUGUGGGUUAUGUGACAAAGAGGAGGAGGACGUUGACCAUUUGUUUAGUUUUCGUGAGAUGGCGAUGGGAAUCUGGCAGCGGAUUGGAAGGUGGUGUAAGAGGCCUCCACUGUUCUUAUUCUCAUAUCGUGACAUUUUUUAUUUACAUCAUGGAAAUGACCUCGGAAAGGAAACAAGGAAGGUUUUUAAAGGUAUUGUGUUCGUGUUAUGUUGGUGCAUUUAG